CGGGAAGGAGCAGCUCGGGGCGGCCGGCCACCGCCUCAGCAGGGUUUAAAUCCCAGUCCAUGGGCCCAGCCCCAGCUCGGCUUCCUGACAGCAGCACCAUGCCGGGCGAGCGCAGCCUCCUCCUGGUCCUCCUGGCACUGUCCGUGGAGCUGCCGCCCGCCCCGGCCCAGCAGCACCGCCCCGGGCACCGGGGAGCUGCCCCCACGGGCACCGCGGCACCGCACCGGGCCCCGCGGGGACGGCGGCCCCCCGCCGCCCUGCCUGCCCCCGCCAAGGCGGGCGAGUGCCCGGCGAGGGGGAGCGGGGCGCCCCGCGCGCCCAGGCUGUACUGCCUCUCCGACCACGGCUGCCCGGGCGCCGAGAAGUGCUGCCAGAGAGGCCCGGUCCGGACCUGCCUCCUCCCCACCACAGAGAGCCCCGGCUACUGCCCCCGCGCCGGCAGCGCCACGAGCUGCGGCACGAGCUGCCGCAACGACACCGCGUGCAGCCCCGGUGAGAAGUGCUGCGCCCGUGGCUGCUGCGCCCGUUGCCUGCGCGCCGAGCCAGCCAAGCCCGGCCUCUGCCCACGGAAGCGUGCCCAGAGGAGCGCCGUUGCCUGCCCCAACCGCUGCGCCGAUGACCGGGACUGCCCCGGGGAACGCAAGUGCUGCUUCUCCGGCUGCGGGCUGGCCUGUGCCUCCCCGGACAGAGGGAGCCGCCAUGCCGCGGCGAAGCCCGGCACAUGCCCCGUGGUGCUGCGGGGGUCCCUGGGACCCUGCCUGGAGCUGUGUGACACUGACAGCGGCUGCCCCGGGGCUGCCAAGUGCUGCACCACUGGCUGUGGACACAUCUGCAAACCACCCACCGAGGCACGUCCCGGGCUCUGUCCCCCCGUGGCUGAUGGUGACCGGGCAGCCGAGUGCCUCCUCCUGUGCCUGCAGGACACGGAUUGUCCCCCUGAGCAGAAGUGCUGCCUGCGGGGCUGUGGCCGGGCCUGCAUCCCCCCACUACAGGGUAAGGCCCCCUCCCCCGCCCAGGGCACCUCACGGGUAUUACCCUGCGGUGGGUCCAGCCUGGAGGGGGCUGAGGGUGGCCCAGGGUAGGAGCACCCCAUGGCCCCCCCUCACUUGGGGCAGGAGAAUCCAUCCUGCACUGACCAUCUCCCAGGCACAGCCUAGCCCUAGCUGGGAAGGACUGCACCAGGAGCUGGGUGCCAGAGCCGCUGCCAUUGCACCCUGCGGGUGAGCAAAGAGCUGCUGCUGCUGCCAGCACCCACUGCCCUUGAACUGUCCCUGCACCGGACCCUCUGCAUUGCCAGCCAGAUGCACCAGCAUUGCUCUGAUGUGUCCUGGCCAGCGUCCCUGGCACCCCCAGACCCUGCACCCCAUCGGCCCUGGCUGCUCCACAG